UGAUCACAUGCACAGGAUGGGCCAAUCACAGCCCAUCUGUGCCAUGUCUGCAGUCUCUGGUAAUCUCCUUUACUGUCUGCAGUCUCUGGUCAUCUGUACUAUGUCCGCAGUCUCUGGUCAUCUCCUGUACUAUGUCCGCAGUCUCUGGUCAUCUCCUGUACUAUGUCCGCAGUCUCUGGUCAUCUCCUGUACUGUGUCCGCAGUCUCUGGUCCAUCUCCUGUACUGUGUCCGCAGUCUCUGGUCCAUCUCCUGUACUGUGUCCGCAGUCUCUGGUCCAUCUCCUGUACUGUGUCCGCAGUCUCUGGUCCAUCCCCUGUACUGUGUCCGCAGUCUCUGGUCCAUCCCCUGUACUGUGUCCGCAGUCUCUGGUCCAUCUCCUGUACUGUGUCCGCAGUCUCUGGUCCAUCUCCUGUACUGUGUCCGCAGUCUCUGGUCCAUCUCCUGUACUGUGUCCGCAGUCUCUGGUCCAUCUCCUGUACUGUGUCCGCAGUCUCUGGUCCAUCUCCUGUACUGUGUCCGCAGUCUCUGGUC